ACUAUUAUUUUUUUUGUCAUUUACUCCCUAAAAAAGUUAGUUAAUUAUUUCUUCUUUUUUUUUUCCUUAUUAUUUUUGACAAACCAUUUCUCUUCUUCCUCUCUCUCUCUCUCAUGCAAUCAUUCCAUAUCCAUCUUUCCUCAACAAGAAAGAGAGAGAAAGAAAACCAAAAAAACAAAAAGAAAGAUAUUAUUGUUUAAGCCAAGCACUCCAGGAGAUCAUAUAGAAACAAACAGAUUCUGACAAUUAUGAACUCCUCUCCUGGGGGGCAUUAACCAUUUUUGUUUGCAUCUUACCCCACAAUCAAUCUCCUUUAUACAAUUUCUAAAUGUAAUAACUUCUUUUUAUGUACAUGGGUCCUUCAUUUUCUAGGUGAGUUCUCUGUUUCUUCCUUGGCCUACAAGUAUAUUUCCAAGAUUUGUGCAUGUUGUGUCACAUUACCCCUAUUUCUUGAUCACCAGUUUCUAUAAAAAGAAUCCAAGAAAACAUUGAAACAUAUCUCAAUUACAUCAAAUAUGGGAGACAUUUCUCCUGAAAAGAAAACAGGUUGUGGCCUGUUGAAUGCUGUUUUUGGAAGGAGAAACAUUUGGACAAGAAGAUCAACAUCCACAGGCUCACUUCCUACACAAGAUACCAACAAUGUUAACAAUGUAACAAGAUCUUCUAGUACUCAAAAUUCUAAAAGGCAUCGCAAUGGUUCCAACGAGGCAUUUUUAGAAUCUCGUGAGAACCAAUCGGAGAAACAAGCUGACAGGAUCAUCUCAAGGCCUAAUCCAAACCAAUCCAAGGCCGCAGUAGCAGCAGCAGCUCAGAAUAAAGCUAUUCAUAAUCAACAGAAAAAUGGUCAGAUAGUACAAGGAUAUAAUAAUCAAGGAAGAAAAGUACCUCAAGCCGCAACAGGGAUAUCAGGGGAGCUGGAAAACAUGAUCCAGGAUCAUCAAAGAUCAAAGGGUGCUAAUACGUUAGUCCGUGCAUCGUCGAGCAAUGUUAUGUUGUUUGGAAAUUUGGGUAAUAUUAGGCAGCAAGGUGGGAGCAAUGGUACUGGUUCCACAACAACUUCAACAGCUAAUCAUGUUCUUGAUUAUUUACCAAGAACCGCUAAAGAAGAACCAACAACACCAGCACCAGCACCAGCACCAGCACCACAGAAUAAUGGGAAAUAUUCGACGAGUGUUAUGGGAAAUGUGGUGAAGAAACAGGGUGAUCACGAGCAGGGGAAAACAGGCGGUUCUGUUUCCCUUUGUCGUGCACUUUCCACAAGAAUGGACCCUGAGCAAUUGAAGAUUCUUGGAAAUGAGGAUUAUAAGAAUGGAAGAUUUGCUGAGGCUUUGGCUUUGUAUGAUGCUGCAAUUUCCAUUGAUCCUAAUAAGGCUUCGUAUCGAAGCAACAAAUCCGCUGCUUUGACCGCUUUAGGAAGGCUCCUUGAAGCUGUUUUUGAGUGCAGAGAAGCUAUCACAAUUGAUCCUCAUUAUCAAAGAGCUCAUAAUCGUUUAGCCACUUUAUCUGUCAGAUUAGGAGAUGCAGAGAAGGCUAUGUACCAUUACAAACAAGCAGGAGCAGAAGCUGAUCCUGAUGUUGUAACAAAGGCUAAAAAUAUUCAAAUUCAUCUCAACAAGUGCACUGAGGCCAAAAGGCAAAGAGAUUGGAACACUAUUUUAAAAGAAACUGUCCUCGCCAUAUCGGCUGGUGCUGAUUCUGCACCCCAGAUAUUUGCUUUAAAAGCUGAGGCGUUGGUGAAGCUACAUAGAUACCAUGAAGCAGAUCAAACUCUGAAGAAUGGUCCGAAUUUUGAUUUGGACGAAUGUACAAAAUUCUUUGGCCCUAUUGGCAAUGCAGGCUUGCUAGUCAUUCAAGCUCAAGUUGACUUGGCUGCUGGCAGGAUCGAUGAUGCCCUAGCAGCGGCUCAACGAGCAGCCCAGCUAGAUGGGAACAACAAGGAAGUAAACACGGUAGCUAGGAGGACAAGGGCAGUAGCAAAUGCUAGAACAAAGGGUAAUGAGCUUUUCAAAGCUGGAAAAUAUGCAGAUGCAAGUGUUGCUUAUGGUGAAGGACUAGACCAUGACCCCCACAACUCAGUUUUAUUGUGUAAUAGAGCAGCUUGUCGAUCAAAACUUGGCCAAUUUGAGAAAGCACUUGAGGAUUGCAAUGCUGCCCUUAUUGUCCGACCAUCUUUUACCAAGGCUAGGUUGAGGAAGGCUGAUUGUUAUUUUAAGAUGGGAAAAUGGGAAGCAUGCAUACAAGAAUGUGAAACAUUGGUGAAGGAGACACCAGAAAAUGAGGAAGUGGGACAGAUGAUUAAGGAUGCCCAACAACAGCUAGCUCAAGAAAGGAGGAACUAAUUAGCCAAAGACGUGAAGAGCAUGAACAUAUUAUAUGGUUGUCCUUAAUUUGUCAAUCUCCAUAAUAAAUUCACAAGGUGGUGGAUAAGAUUGAGAGCUCGUUACUAGAAUAUUGAUAGUCCAAGAAUCAUAUUUGAAUGGUAUCAUCACUUGUUUUCCUAUUCCAAUCCCACCACAAAAGGAUAAAAAAAAGGUGAAAAAUAGCGAGAAGGGUACAUAAGGUCUUUUAGGGAACAAGAAAUUAAGAGAGAGAAGGGAGAAGACGAAAGGAUUAAAAGUUUGAGUUAGAAAAUAGGAUUUGGUAGGAUAUAUUGACUCAUCUCUUUAGGCAAAAGAAAAAGAAAAGAAAAGAAUUCAUUAGGGUGCUUUGAAAAAAAUUAAAGCACUAUGGAUUUUAGUGAAUGAGAACAAUUCUUUACCAUUUAUUGCAUUUUCUUAAUAUGUAAUUAUUUUGUUUAAGAUGGUCGACUUUUUUUUCUUCA